UCGUGUGCCCUGUGUGUCUCUGUCCGUCGACACCUUAUAUUUAAUUUAUUGAUUUUUUCUAAUUAUUUCCAGUACGCGUGUUUUCGGUGUUUAUUACCAGUGUCGAUGCGUUAGGUGUCGUGUUUUUGGUGUUUAUUACUGGGGUCGACGUGUCAGGUGUUGAGGUUUUGGUGUCCGUGCUUCAAAGGUUAUACUUUAACAUUUUUUUAUGUGUGAAGAACUUAUAUGUAAGAUGGAGGGAGUACAUGUAAUUUGUAUUAUUAUAGGGAUACCUAAUAGGUUGGUAUUUUUGGAAGAAGCAAUGAAUUGGGAUAGUGUUUUUGAGGGCCCAUGGUCUUGUGUUGUGCUUUCUUAAGGUAGCAUGUCCUGUGUCUGGUGGAUUUUGAAAAGGCCAAAGAUUCUCAUCUUGUAUGAUUCUGACUCUCUUUUGUUUUAUGUUUAUGUAUUAAAGGCUGUAAAUGUCUGUUAUAGUGGAUAGUGGAUGUUGAAAUGACUGAAGUGGGGGAAAACAAUAAAUGGAGGUGAAAAUUUGCUGUUUGUGAGUGUUUACCUUUAUCAGUGUCCAGUAUUAGAUACUUAUGAUAAUUGAUCAAAGAGAGAUAGACACAACAGAUUUUGAUGGAUUCCGUUAAGCCUUCAGCAGUGACACCACGCAAGAGUAAAUUGUCUCGAACUCUGACAAAGGUUCUUCGUGCAAAAUCAAUGACUGGGAUUGCACAAGUUGAGGGACUGCAGAAUGUUAAAGUUGAUGAAGGAAACAUGACACACAGUGAAGUAGAUGAAGAGCUUAAGAAAAAAUUGGCCGUAGAAGCUUUGGUUUCGAGAGUUUUUGCUAGCAUUUCAACUAUAAAAGCUUCAUAUGCUCAGCUACAAUAUGCUCAAUCACCUUAUGACCCUGAUGGAAUUCAAGAUGCUGAUAAACUACUAGUCUCGGAAUUGAAAACCUUAUCUGAACUCAAGCAAUGUUGGUUCAAAAAGCAAUUUCAUUUUGAUCCUUCGCCAGAGGGGGCAAUUGUUGCAGCUGAAUCGAAAGAGCUUAAGAGUGUUAUAAAAACCUAUAAGAUAAUGGGGAAAAAGUUUGAAUCGCAAACACGGCUCAAAGACUCCGAGAUUAUGUUUCUUAAGGAGAAGUUAGAGGAAGCAAAUAAUCAGAACAAGUCAAUUGAAAAGAGGUUAAAUCAAAGUGGCUCAUUAUCUUCUCUUGAUAAUCUUCACAUCUCAGGACUAAGUCCUACACAUUUUAUAUCUGUUCUUCGCCACACUGUUAAAUCAAUUCGAAGCUUUGUGAAGUUGUUGGUGAAUGAGAUGAGAUCUGCCGGUUGGGAUAUCGAUGCAUCGGUGAAUGCUAUUAUCAAAGAGAAUGUUGUUUAUUUGAAAGAAGAUCACAAGUGUUUUGCAAUCGAGUCUUUUGUUUGUAGGGAGAUGUUCGAUUCUUUCAACUUCCCUAAUUUCAAUCUCCGUCCUACCGAUUUUCUUCCCGAUAGAAACAAAACACAAUUCUUCUUUUCGAAUUUCAACGAGUUAAAAUCCGUGAAAGCAAAAGAAUUUCUCGGUUCCAAACCAAAAUCAGCUUUCGCAAAGUUUUGCAGGGCGAAAUACUUAAGACUAGUCCACCCUCAAAUGGAGGCAUCAUUUUUCGGUGACACAAAGCUGAGAAUCAACAUGGUGAACGGCGGAGAAUUUCCCGAUGACAACCACUUGUUCACAUCAUUUGCUGAAAUGGCCAAGAGAGUAUGGCUGUUGCAUUGCUUAGCCUUUUCUUUUGAGUCUCAAGCUGAAAUCUUUCAAGUAGGGAAAGGAUGUAGAUUCUCUGAUGUUUACAUGGAGAGUGUUGUGAAUGAUGAUGAAGUAGCAAUAGCAGUGGAAUCUGAGCCACAAGUUGGUUUCACUGUAGUUCCAGGUUUUAAGAUAGGUAAAACUGUUAUACAGUGCCAAGUUUACCUCUCAAAGUUAUUAAAGCAAAGGUAGCAGCAGCAGCAGCAACUGUGAUGUGGGGACUGGUGUGGUAUGGUUGUCCAUUUUCUUUUCAGAAUGUUUUUUUUAUAAAUUUAAUGCAGUUUAAUGAAAGCAUAUGACCUAAAGUUUUGGUGAUAUUAGGCUAGUGGCAGGGAUUGUUAAGCUGUUGUGGUAUCUUUUACAUGAUUAUGUACAAAAUAAUGUUAAAAGGAGUAGGUAGGUGGUAAUUGAUAUCUCUUGUUUCAUUUUUA